UCCCUCAAUUCCAAUUCCAUUUUCAUCAUCAAUCACUUUCAAAUCACAAUAGUUUCCUAUUGCAACACUUCCACUUUCAAACCCUCCAAAGUCCCAGAACUCGAUAAAUCCAACAAGUCGCCAAAAUGGUCGCCAUCCAGUCUGUCCUCACCGUCCUCGCCAUGACCGCGCUGGUGAAGGCAGCUCCUCAGCCAGGUCAAUCCGUCGCCACCUACCGCUUCUUCAACCUUCCCGGCUGCGACUUCGGCGGUAACGACCAGCGAAAAACUCUCACAGCCAUCGUGCCUGGCGGAAGUGCUCCUUCCCAGCCAGAACAGAGACUCGUCGGUACUUGUUUCUCUGAAGAUGCCUAUGCUUCGGUUACAAUCUUGAACAUUGAGCCAGGAUGCCAAUGGGAACAACACACCGAGGGCUGCACCGGCACUCCUCUCGCAAUCAAGAACAACAACAACCCACCAUGCCUCACUGUUGACGGUGCCGCUCCACGAAACUUCUACAAGAUCACCUGCCGCUAACUAAACUCACUUUGUCUACAACGGAGGCUAGCAUAGAUGAUGGAUACGACUAGAAGGAGACCGGCAACGGAAAAACUUAAAUUUCAUUGAGCAAACGUCUAUGUUUCUGUUUUGUUUCCUUCACUGUGGUGGUAGAUGGUUUAGUGAUUCUUUCUGGCAUCUUGGCAGGUAGAUAGAGUGGCAGCCGCUCAUUUAUUUAGACGAAAAUUAGGGAUGAGUCAGAAAAUUCAACAUUUUCCCAUCCUGAAAAUUCGAUAUACAGACUUCUGUGAUGUGACUAAUUACGCCAAAGUUCUAUACGGCCUGAGUUGCAUGAUGUGCUUGUGAA